GCCGUAAGGGCGCUGCUGACCUAAGAGGACAUCCGGUCCGGCUUCUGUGUUGGAAAUUGCUUCUCUCCGCCUUUCUUCGGUUUUAGUAGGUUCUUCUCCCGGAGUCCUGUCCCGCAAGUUGGAUUUGCUGCAGCCGCGGGCCGGUCUCACGCUGUUCCCUGCCCCUCUGCCCCCGGAGUGAGCCCGGCCUCCCCGCGAGGAAGUCGAAACGGUACCGGAGAAGGGCUUAAAACCAUCUAAGGCUGAGAAAAAAAAUUCAUUAAGUUUCCAGAACAAAUUGGAGAAAAAAAAUGGAGGCUCAACAAAAAAUUCACCGGGCGAGCACGCCGUGAUUGUUUAAAGAGCAGUAAAAUGCCUAAAAAGAAGACUGGUGCAAGGAAGAAGGCAGAGAACCGCCGGGAACGUGAAAAACAGCUCAGGGCAUCAAGAAGCACCAUAGAUUUAGCUAAACACCCAUGCAAUGCAUCAAUGGAAUGUGACAAGUGUCAGAGGCGGCAGAAGAAUAGAGCGUUUUGCUAUUUUUGCAAUUCUGUACAGAAGUUACCAAUUUGUGCACAGUGUGGGAAAACCAAAUGCAUGAUGAAGUCUUCAGACUGUGUCAUAAAGCAUGCUGGUGUUUAUAGUACUGGCCUUGCAAUGGUGGGUGCAAUAUGUGACUUCUGUGAAGCUUGGGUUUGCCAUGGGAGGAAAUGUCUCAGUACACAUGCCUGUGCCUGCCCUCUUACUGAUGCUGAGUGUGUGGAAUGCGAAAGAGGUGUCUGGGACCAUGGAGGCAGAAUAUUUAGUUGUUCCUUUUGUCAUAACUUUCUCUGUGAAGAUGAUCAAUUUGAACAUCAAGCCAGCUGCCAGGUUUUAGAGGCGGAAACAUUCAAAUGUGUUUCAUGCAAUCGACUUGGUCAGCAUUCCUGUCUCCGUUGUAAGGCUUGUUUCUGUGAUGAUCAUACAAGGAGCAAGGUGUUUAAGCAAGAAAAAGGAAAACAGCCUCCCUGCCCCAAAUGUGGACAUGAAACUCAGGAAACUAAGGAUCUCAGCAUGUCAACACGCUCCCUGAAAUUUGGCAGGCAGACUGGAGGUGAAGAAGGAGAUGGAGCUUCUGGGUAUGAUGCCUAUUGGAAGAACCUUUCUUCUGAUAAGUAUGGUGAUAGCAGCUACCAUGAUGAAGAGGAAGAUGAUGAUGAAGCAGAGGAUGACGAAGAGGAAGAAGAUGAAGUAGGAAAGGAUUCAGAUGCGGAGCCGUCAGAUUUGUUUACCAAUUUGAAUUUAGGGAGGACCUAUGCCAGUGGCUAUGCUCACUACGAGGAACAAGAGAACUAGGAGAGCUGCUUGCCCAUGGGUGACUGUGUCUGAGAGGAGCCAGGAUAUGUGUGCUUGAUGAAUUGAGUGUGGGUGUUCAGAAGUGCUGUGCAAAAGACACAGGAGCAAGGAGUAGGGCAUAGCAUUUUUAUAGGAACUGAUAAUCAGUCUCAUAGCAUAAGAAAAAUGAGUUCCAAAUGUUAAGAUGUGUAUUGAUCCAAGCAAUUGAAGCAUCAUGGAUUGGAUUUUUGCUGAUUUUAGUAAUCAGUAGGUUAUGCCAAUUAGAUACAUAUACAGGAUAAACGAACAGGAUGGUAAUAUAUUCGUUGGAAAUUAAAUUGUUUUUAUUAAAAAACACUGCUUAUAUUCGUUUUGUCUGAUUUUGUAAAAUGUGACGGGUUAAAUGAAUUACUGUGUUUUUCCCUGUAGGUCUGCAGGAUGAAAGUCAGAUGUUAAGUUCUAAAUUUUCAUUAAAUAUUCAUGUUAUCUUAAGUAGUCGUGAUAUGUAUGUUUUAGCAGUUGACUCAUUUCAUUUUUUUCUAAACAAUGUAUGCCCUGAACAGUACCUGUUAUUAAUGCCUAAAUGUAUAGACCACGGUGAGUACAUAGCCACUUUUCAGAGACACAGGGACAGAAAUAGUAUUACUACACAGACGUUUUAUGUAUUUCUCUUUGAAUAAAUAUAGUAUUUCACUUA